AUGUGCUAUACUGUUAUUAAUUUAAUUAUUCUACUGUUUACGCCUUUCGUAAUUCUUGGGAAUAUAAAUGAGGUGUUAGAAUCUUGCUUUGUUGUUCCAAAGUACAUUUGCAUUGCGCAAGGGGACAAAUAUAAUAUUUUGGGGCUUAAUCCAUCUGAAAUUGGACUUAUCGCAUGGUGGGCUUUCGAUCAUUCUAUAAUAUUAGACAGUACUGCACAUGCAAAUCACUUAAACCAAAAAUUUCCUCACGGACCGCCUGCCUUAGGUCAUGGCCACAGUCUGCAUAUCAUAAGUUCGUUUAGUCCGCUAAAAAUAUCGCUACGCAAUCCUAGCGCAAUAAGAAAUUUUACCGUAUCUUUUUGGUUGUAUCUUCUCACCAAUAGUUCAUUAUACUUCUCCAACUUGAUCUCUAAAGGAAAUUACAAUUCGCAAACAUUCACAAUUAUGCUCUACCCGGAUAACAGAUUAUCAGUACGAAUAUCAACAGAAACCAAUGUAUCGGAGGGCAUCCCUAGCAAUUCAAGAUUACCAACACUAAGAUGGACUUUUGUCACAGUUGCAGUUAGUAAUUAUAGACUAGAGAUUUACAUAAAUGGUACACUUGACAACUUUCUGAUAUUGGAUUCUCUGCCAGUUUCGAACGACGAACAGUUGGUAAUUGGUCCAUUCAAUUCACCAUCUUAUCAAGCUUACAUGGAUGAAUUGAAGAUUUACAAUCACAAGCUACCAUCACAUUACAUAUCAUCAAUGUCCAAUGUUGGAUUGACAGGAUUUGCACCCAAUCUAAGCGUUGUGGUUGGAUGUCACAAGUGUAAAUUUAAUGAGGCUAAAAAACCUGGGUUUUGCCCAGAAAAUUACUUUUUAUGUACCACUGAGCAAAUUUACAUUUAUGCUGCUCAUAUUGCCAGGGUUAACGGCUGGCUUUUAGGGAAUGACCAGAUUUGGCAUUCAGAUACAGUGCCACUUGAUAAAUCGGAGGAAAGACUGAGUCUUUGUUGUGCUAAAGAUUACAGUUAA